UGAUACUGGGAAGAAUUAACGAUUACCAGCCAAAGCCCACCAUUAAGCUCCCGCUGACAAAUAAAACUUUUCGUUUCGGAGGAGCAAACCACGCUCUCAUUUCUGGCUUCAUCGGGAUGGCAAGCAAGCGUCUCUGCCAUGUCACUCCAGUUCGAUGGAAAAUCUCACCACCUGUUCGAUGUUGACCUUCAGGGUGUUACAGCGGUCUUCUCCAACUCUUUUGACUUCAUCUCCUUCCCGUUCGACAUUGCAAGAGUCAUCCUAGAUACUCUUGGUAUCGACGACGAAGUACUCUCCGAUCCACCUUGCGAACGCCUAUCGGAACUUCCUAAUCUCACGUUCGUGUUUGGAGAGCAAGGGGAAUCCACGCUGGCUCCAUGGCAGUACACGGUCAGGGUACAUAGCCCAUAUGGAGGGGAGCGAUGCGUCAUCCCUUUUACCAGCUGGGCUCAUAACGAGGUGCGCGAUGAGUUGGAGGGAGACUACGUGGUGCUUGGGACAGCGUUUUUGAAUCAUUUGCCGACAGUCUUCGAUCUGGAUGAGGAGACUAUUUCGUUCUCCAUUCAAGAUGAUUAGUUACCUCGACAGCUCACUACGCGUCUUUGUAGCCCUCCUUCCCCUUACUGUUACUCUACUGCUCCGCCUGCCCAAUCUUUGCCGAAUACUGCCUAGCUCUAAAUGCUUAUCCAAGCUAUAAAACUUCAGUUUC